AUGGUUUGUUUCCCCAUGCAUCAGGCCUGAUUUUUUAGGGUCAGCUAAAGGCGAUGUUAGAAGAGAGCGUACUUGAUCUGAGGAAGAUUCUCAAUCAUAUUGGGAAGUUCUCCAAGUACCCUAAGUUACUCCAAGCGCUGUUGAAGGUUCCUUGGUUUUAUGAACUCAACUUUGUUUUCAGAGAAUGUGCGUCGUCUGGAGUCAGGAUGAUGAUUCUCGACGCGUUCUCGCCCUGAUUAUAUUAAUGAAAGCCGUAAAAAAGAACCCGGACUACUUUAGUAGUUGCUCAAGGGUAACUUGUUUUCAUCUUAUAUGUGUACUAGGGAAUGUACCUUGUGUACGUGAAAAGUUCCAAGUUUAUUUAUGGCUCCAACAUCGGGAAAAACAACUUCAUGAAAAAUGGACUUCUCGAAUUCUACUCUCUGGACUUGAACGAGGCCUACAAGCACGCCUUUGUUUUUAUUCGGCAGUUGGCAAUUACUGUUAGAAAAGCCUUCCUUCGAGCGAGCAAGGUACCUAUGAAACUGUAUUAAAUUUCGCCUCAUAUUUGCGAAAAUCAUCGUGUUCAUCCUAAUAUGUUCCACGUUAAUUUCUGUUCCUUCCAUAGUUGAUUUUGGGCACACUAGAUUAACGAAAGGACACACGUCUUCAUUAGUGACCUGUGCUCAGCGAAAUCGCGUUUUCCUGUUGGACUGCCAUGACUAGCCUAGUUUUGUUUCCGAUUCCUUGUUAAGCAUUUCGCGAAUUUAUUAGUCUCGAACGAUCUGAGGUCAGUCUUAGUUGCGUCGACAUGUUUAACUACAUGUUUAAGUGUCGUAAACACCUGCCUAUGUGUACGCCGCACGUGGAGCGUACUUUCGGUUCUUACAUUGGGCACUUGGCGAUGCUGUUAGGGGGCGCUCACCGAUCGUUCAUACGGAACUCACUCGUUCCGUUGUGCCUUAUGAACUUGGCGAUGUAAAUGAUCCAGCCUUUCUAGUAUGGGAGUGUCCCCAAACAUUUGACAUCAUUCGAGAUGUCCAUAUGAAAGUAAAUAUUUACUGAAAAGACAUGACACUUAAUAGGCUUAUUUGUGAAUGUGAAGUUUUAUUCCACGAAUUUCCUGGAAAAAGAUUACGUGAAUGGUAAUUCUAAAAUUUCCCAAAGUUAGUACAAAUGUUCUGUGUGUGCGCCACUUGUGACGCGGCACACAUCAAGUCGUUAGUCGACUUCCUGCCGCACUUCGCUUUGUGUAUUUGGUUCACCUCUUCUGAAACUGCUGACCGCGCAGAUCCUCCUUUUCGGCAUAAACAGCCUUCCUUUGAAACUUGUUACUCCAAGUCCAAAGUUACCUCCCGGAUGGCGCUUGUUUAUGGAAUCUCAAAACAGAUACACGUGAUGCCUCCACAUUUGACUGAGUUUUGGCUUACUUCAACACACAAGACGACUUUUAUGUUGUAGUAAACAUACGAAAGGUUAGUUUUUUUUAAUGUAUUGAAUUAUAGACACACUGGUAAAAUUUAAAAUAUUUCAGUUUAGUUAGUGCUUAGGUGGUGAAAUGAUGUCAGAUUUUGAAGGACAUCCUGCAUUAUCUUUGGCUUUCUUUCAAUGGCUCUGGAAACCCUGCUUAAUGCAUUUAAAAUCCUUACUUGCACAACUGGUUUACUCUGCUUCUAGGAGGACACACGUGCAGUCUACAACUGGCAGUUUGUUUGCAGUCUACGAUUUUGGUCGGAAUUCGUCUCUCGGAAUGCUAGUUCAUCGGAGCUCAUUCAAAGUCUAGUCCAUCCACUUGUACAAGUCAUCCUGGGCACCGUUAGGUAAGCAUCUUUAUGAGUUGUGUUUGCCAAAUUUUUUUGUCCAAAUUGGCAAUCUUUUUUGAGUGAAAACAAGGAAAAUAGAUCUGCCUGGCAGCCACGGAUGACAGAUAACAAAAUGGUCUUUCGAACGGCCUUUAUGUACAAUAGUCUGACGAGCAAUCUCUCAUGAACUGUUUAAUGUCAAUGCCUUCAGACAUAACUGAGUAUCCAUGAGGAAUUCUUUCCUCAUUAAAUAUCCAACCAAAGCGGUUUUGCGACUUGGCAACUCUUAUUGCUCUCAUAGGUCUCAUCAAUCCCCAUCUUCCCACAGACCAGUCAUUUAUCCAUGUGCCGACCUCGCAUGUAUCGUGUCUUCUUAACAUUCUACUAAUGUUCUCAAGCUACAAACUACUAUUUAUGCUUUGUCUUCCACGGGAACUAACGCAUGCAGACCUCCACCAGCACUCGCGGUCCAGGCAUCAGAACUGAUUUUUUUCGGCAGAGAAGUAUGCAUUGACAUAGAUUCGGGCGCACAACCACUGGCAUUACUUCUGUCUGAGUUUAGCAAAAUACUACUUAGUGUCCAGAUCUGGCGUUGUCUGCCACUACUGUUGCAAUGCUGCGUACGGAAACUGCGGUAGACUUAUCGAAUUCGCGCUGCACGAAAGUCUGCCUCGUCCCUCACCCGCGUAGUUGCCAACGUAAGGGCGGUUACGGUUUACGUCUCUAAACUCAACCCUGGUGACGGUGGGAAAGCAGAGUCACAGGACAGCAUUUUCGCACAUAACUCGGGCGAGCACGCCGUCAAUACUGAACUGACAAACCGCGUUUCCCCCGACAAUCGAUGACAUAAUGGCUGUCAGUUCCUUGGUUUCGCCGGAGGGAAAAUUGGUGGCGCAACAGUUCUUUACAAAUAGAACCUGGGACUGGCAUAUUCGGCUCAGGUUGUAAGCUGAUUGCGCCUGAAGCUGGUUCUUCGGACCGGAUAAUUCUAAGGGUGGCUGAUCUUUGCAAGCCCUGGUGAACUUACCGCUGAAUAUAUUGCAGGUUGCCGUCGCAACUCAGGCCACCCGCGCGUUACAGCGCACCUACGCUUCAUUCGGUGGCGCUCGCAAUGGCCGAACACUCUAAAGGCGGGAAUCAGUCGGUCACCCUCACCAGAACGUCACCAGUCGCCCAAUUUGCGCUUACUUAUCAAAGUUUCGGCAGACAACUUAUCGAUGCAACACGCGGCACUUGACUUAACUCAAUUGUCUUCCGUGUCCGUCACUAAAACAACCUAACAACAAGUGUUGAAGGCUUUGCCGACAAUCUCAGAGCAUAGGUCACACUGGUUCGUGAUGCCGUGGGCUGUAGCCGGCCGCAGGUGCGCUGGUGAUAUCCGAUACAAGUACGAGCAAGGUUGGGAUCUUUAUGGUCUGAAAUUCCAACUUUGUCUGUUCACCCGAUAGUCACAUUUGUUUAUAAUUUCUCAUAUCUUUUUAUUUGUCCUGAUCUUUUGGAAAAAGUCCCCAAACUAUGGAGGCUCGUAGGCAUGUUAGUCCAUGUUUGUUACGCAACUCAAACUUACAUGUUGCGAUUUCCUCCCAGUGAGGCACCACUUCCCACAAUGUGUACGUGUUAAGCAAAUGAAAGCGUUCUUGAGCCAUGUGAUUCACUGAUUGACACCCGACUUUUAUCUUAAAGACCGUUGAUUUUAGACUCAUACCGCUUGUCUGCAUUAAAAUCGAAAGACUACUGGCUGUUACUAUUGCAAUGAAGGAUGAAGUCGCAUAUUCCUCUGCCGGAGGCCUUAUUUUCGUUCUCACACUGAUGAAAACCGUUCUUAACUUGUAGUCUAAGUCCCGGAAGUCGUUGGAUAGCCCUUCGAUUUCACUGUGUCGAAUGUCUUCACAUUCUUGCUGGUGUCACUCAACUGCGAAACCAGUUUUCCGAGGAGGACGGAUCUGCGGGCGCUACCAGUGUGUCGCCGUUUGGUACCAGUCUAGUUCCAAGCCUUCCUCUCCUCCUGGACGUUUUUCGUCUCUUCGACUUCAACAAGCGCUCCUCAAUGGCCUCAAGCUCUCCAAUGGACCUGAGACUGAUGUUGCACUUUUCUCCCAGUCAGCGACGCGAAACGGCCUGCCUGGAUGCUGUUUGCUCCUGGUUGCACGACUUCCUGACAGAAGCUCUCACUCUCUACGCGGGAUCUGUUGCCUUCCCUGAGUACAGCAUUCCGGCUGUCACUGAGGUAACAUUCAAAUUGCGGUUACUAUUGACACGGUUUUUUUGGUCGCUCAUUCACGCUUUCUCUAGACAUCUGCCAUUAAACAAGGUCCACUCGCUAUCGUUUGACCCUUUGUUUUAUUUCUUAGUGUACGUCUCAUUUACUGCUUGUAAUUGCAUGCAGCCCUGGCCAUACUUUAUUUCUUUAGUUGUGCACGCUUUCUAUCCCUGCCCAGCUCAACUCGUCUCGAUUUUAUACCACAAAAUGUGUUCACACGCGCGGUAAUCUGUGGCAGUAGACGCAAGCGAUGCUCCGAGGUUUCAAAAACCAUCUCGACAUCUUAAUUAGCUGUUUCAAGACAGUUUUUAAGUGAUCUUUGGUUCCCCGUUUCCAUUGAGGGGACGGCGUCGGAGUGAGCCGAUAACCACUGUGUCGAAAGCUGGAAGGGGUUGAAAACUGUCUUGAAUACCUGAACAAUUCGAAGUGUGUUGUCCGUUUGGUCGCAAUGAGGGCGAACUGUUCAACUUGAGGGCGGGUCAUAUUCAAGUACUGACAACCUUUUUCAUAAAGAUGAGCAUUCAAUACAUACAGAUAUUCGGGAUGCUGGAAGUUUACUGGAUAUUCCACAAAUAGCAUUUAUUUUAACCACAAAGUCGUACUUUGUCUGCUAGACAGUAAUCUGAUCUAUUGUGUCACUUCUAUGCAAUAUUGACCACAGAACGCGUUUUAAUGGUUACUACCAAUAUUUCCUGCAACAAUCGCUUGUAGCUCCUGACCAACAUUGACAGUUUUGCUCUGAAAGCGUACUAGCGUUUGAUUUUAAACACGUGCUUUAUCCACAGAUGCGAACCUUCCUCAAAACCUGCCGUGUGGCCAACUUUACGCGUAAUUUCAAAGUCCUCGUUAAGAAGGUGAAUGAACACGCUGACUUCGUGAGGAAGAGACGUUCGAGCAUCAAAAAUCUGACGGAUUCACAGGCUAUCGUAAGUUUUGUCUGCCUUGAUCCCACCACAUUUACAUCUGUGCCUUACCUCUGGCCUUCAUUAACCCAGACCUUUCACGUUUGUUUGCACCAAUCGUUAAUUCGCCCAUCGGUACACGGGCCUACCGACCAAGGUUUGGAGAAAACUGAGCUGACUGGUAGAUUAGGCACAUGUCAGCAAAAAGAUUCUUUAUUACCUCCCUGUGGCCACUAAGUCUCCCAUUAAUGUUUUCCUACCGGGCUAUCAUCUCAACAUGAGUCUCCGUUCGAAUUACGCGAUUGAUAUUUGGCGUGCGCCAUAUUUUCGUUAAACUGCCUCACGCACAAGCAAAAAGCAGUAUAUAGUGAGUGGCCUAUCUCAUAAAAUGUUAGCCGAAAUUCUGAAAUGCGUUUUCGAUUAGGAGGGGUUACUUAGGCGGGGUCCUGAUAUUGAUUAUCACGCGACAUAAUCCUAUGGUAUUACGGACUUGCAUCGAGAUAUAUAUGACGAUGGACUCCUGCACGCGUCCGAAAGCUGAAGAAAAUAAACAAAGUGUUCCGGUGCUCAGCCCCUCUUCUUCUUCUUCUUCUUCUUCUUCACUUAUGCAUACACCUGGAACUCGAAAUUUCGCCUUCAUACGUGGUUUUGUCUGCGCAGAAAGGAUACACUUUGUGGACUGAAAUCGCUAGACGCUAAUAUAACGGCUGACCUGACCCAAAAUUAUUCGAGAAUUAGAAAGCUUUUAAAGCGCGAAUUUCUACCAAAUUAGUGAAAGAAAGCAUAUUUUGUGCAUGUUUACUAUAAAAAGAUAUAUUUGCACUUAUAAGGCUGUCGAAAAUCAAUGUGAAAAAUGCAUACUGUUUAAGUGGUUAUUUUUUUCAGAGUGCGAUUUUGAUAAGAAGUCGAAUGGAAGUGCAUUCAAAAGCCAACAUUUUGGCAAUUUCAAAAUACCAUAGGAUUAUGUCGCGUGAUAAUCAAUAUUACGACCCCGCCUAAGCAAUCCUUCCUAAUCGAAAACACACUUCUGAAAUUCGGCUAACACUUCAAAAGGUAGACUACUCACCGUAGGUCGUUGCUGAUGAUAGCGAAAGGUUGAGUUCCAGGAGACAGUUAAAAAGCGGGAGACUCGGUCUCGGAAACGAUGAUUUUUUCCGCCGCAGUGCCGGCACCACACUAGAACCAAUCAUGAGCAACAGAUCAGGGUGGUGGGUGCACAGGGGUUGGAUUAUCUACAGAAUGCAGUCGCUAUGCCAUCACAUGGCCAUCGAAAACAGCAGCUUCCGCAUUCAUCACAGAUGGUCGUACGUGGUAAAAGUGAUUAUGUGAUUGUCCGCAUCUGAGGCAUUAAUUGCCGCCAUUUGCAUUGGUUCUUGGUGUAAUAUUGACUCGACAGCCGCCCUGUUACUGUCUGACGAUGUGUCUGAGUGUGAGUCCGAAACGUCGGACGGAUGAGAUUUUUGCUCCAACAAUCGGAUUUUCCUUUUUUCAACAGAACUAAUUGCGUUAUCAUACGUAUGUGUACCGCGGCUUUAAGUUAUUUGAAUUAACGUUUGCUCCCACUAUAAUAUACAGAUGAUUCUGAAAAGUGUUCAGUUCGCUAGGUGGCGAUCCUGAAGCUGAUAGCUCACGAACACCCGUACAGCAAUCAGUUCGGACUCUUUGGAUUUUGACGACGGGAAAUAUUUUUACAGAAUACGGGGGUACUCCCCAUACCCUAACUCAGUCAGGUGCCGAGGAAGCGAGAUUAAGAAAAAAUGGCACAUUUAUUUACAUCUUCUCACGCGGUACAAUUGGCUUUGUUAAAUCCUUCUGAUUGACGUGCAUAAUUUCCCCGUGAAAGGUGUUCCAAACAGCCUGGCAAUUCCUUUCGUUCCAUUUACAUUUGACGAGGAGGGGAUUGCUUUCAGACAUUGCCCGUGUCAUUAGCAUAAGCAGAAUCAGCGCUAUAAACUUGUCACCUAUAACAGCAUUAUCACUAACCAACCUCACCCGCAUACCCCCAUUUCAUGGAGUUCUUCGUUCUGGGAAGAGUUCUGGUUAGGGGCAUAUUUGCACGUCUGUUUCGGAAUCUCACGCUCCUUUUUCACCGUUUUGCUUCUCCGCUGGCGACUGCUGUCAUCCAAACUUUUGACCAUCUAAUCGUCACCGACAUGACGUGACUGCGCUUCCCCGUACAGGCGGCCGUUGAAGCCGGACUUGCCGCCGCUACUGACAGCCCUCUUCUUGCGUACUAUGCAAUCCACAGGAAGGCACGUGUGCUGGAACUCACUGGGCUUGCCGAACGAUUCAAAAAUGAGGUAAGUCUGUGUUCUCUGGUUGCUAUUCCGGGUGCUUUUUUUCUUUCAGCACAGGUCUGCGCAAACCUUUGCGAGCAGUUUGGCUCUUAAGAGAAGUCGGAAAGUGGGGGCAUUCUCGAGUAGUAUAUGCAGUAGUGCCUCUAGAAGUAGUUGUGACGAUCCAAACACGACGGAAACCACCUCCAUCACCCCUUCCCCUGGACGGAGGGUCGGUAGCGGUUUGACGCCGCGUGGCGCCACUAUAAAAGGAAGUAGUCUCCAAUGUGAGUAAGCCUUUUUAUGAUCAGACUCGGGAGAUUGAACACCGCUGGCAACUCGCCCCCUUACCAUCUCCACCGCCACCAAAGAUUUGCACCCAGUUCCAUCCCCUGUCGUUCUGCAGCACAAGAUGGGUGCUGCGUUCGUCUUUUUGAUCUUACAAUCCACCAGACGUUCAUCUGAGCCAGCACGUACGUCUGAAGAUAGUCGACUGGUCUGCGUACAUUGUUCCGUGGGUUUGAUUUCUAUGUGGAUUGGUAGGUGCAGUAGAUGUGCUAUCCCAUGGAUUGUUAGCCGAAAUUCUGAAAUGUGUCUUUGACCAGAAAAGAUUACUUAAGUGAGGUCGUACGAAUAACUGUCACGCAGCACAAUCAGAAGAUAUUUCAGUCACGUCGGGAUGUCGACUUUUGCAAGAACUUCUUUCCGACGGCUUUCAAAAACUACACUGUGAAAAAUGAAUGCCUAAUUAGUGCGAUGCUUCUAUAAAUUUAAAUAUAGGCAGUGUGUUAUUACCGACAAAGACAAGGGAGACUGGAAUGACCAUUUCUGGCUUAUUGGCCAUCGUCAGCCAGUUAUACCCAAUCUCGAAGUGUGGAACACCCGAGGCUCGAACUGACGACCUGUUAGUUGGAAGUCCACGCCUCAUAAGAAACAUGCGCAACAAAUCUAUUUUGUUGCAAAUUGCGUGCUCUUUAAAUUUUAUGCCUGAUGAAAGCGUAUAUCUCGCUUUUAAAAAGCCCCUUCGAUUGCCGAAUAAUUUCCAACCUGUUCUGCCUUUGCGCAUGCAUUCAGAGUUUCCAAACUGCAAACUAUAUUUUCCCGUAAGGGGAAAUCAGGCAUUUAUACAUCGCAUUAGAAAGAAGUCAUAUAGGGUUCGUAAAAUUUCGCAGUAGAUGUGGACCAUGUUGUAUACUUUACAAACCGCCUUUUGUGUGGAUAAUUCGCGAUCUCAAAAAUCUCAUAAUUAGAAACUCUCUAAAACCCCCUGAAUUCACCUUUCUUUGAGCUUAAAAACUGAAAAAAAGCGUUACUUGUUACCAGCUGGGCAUAAGGAAAGUACUUUUCUGCAUGUAUUCUAUAAAAAUAUAUUUGAAUGUAUAAGGCCAUCGAAAAUCAAUAGGAAAAAUGCCUACUCCCCAAGUCUUAAUUUUUACAGGACAUUCUUUUUGCAAGCAACCGAAAAAAAAAUUCGUUUAAACGCCGGCAUUCUGACGAGACCGAAAUAUCUUGUGAAGUUCAUGAGCGUCUGCUAAACAAUGGCCCUUGCAGCCUGGUGUGUGCUGGCGGUCCUCCGGUACCUGGCUCUCUGGCGGUAGAUGGGCUUGCGUUCCCGCUGAAUAUUCAGAUCCUGCGCAUGUUGGUGGUGGUGGUGGUGGUGGUAGUAGUAGUAGUAGUAGUAGUCGUCGUAGUCGUAGUCGUCGUAGUCGUAGUCGUCGUAGUCGUAGUAGUAGUAGUAGUAGUAGUAGUAGUAGUAGUAGUAGCAGUAGUAGUAGUAGUAGUAGUAGCAGUAGUAGUAGUAGUAGUCGUAGUAGUAGUAGUGAAAAUCCUGGUUGGGUAUUUGUUGUGGACCAGGGGGUGUGGAGUGGAAUACCAAGGUGCGGGCUCGACCGUGCCAUCCGGCCAUCCUUCCAACGUCGCGCAUCACUGGCACCUCUCACGCAAAUGAAAAGUGUGCUUUUCAGCUCCCUUCUCCGUGUGGUUCUCAUGUAAGAUUCGAGCGUUCUGCCCCCCCCCUCUGUUCGUGCGUAAUCAGGAUGUGUGUGCUUGGGGGGGGGGAGGGCAGAUCACACAUGUAGCACGCGCAGACAGACCCUCUGUCAGCCACUGCGCCCACUUCCGGUAUCAGACAUCUGACCGGCUCGGACAAUGGACUGGCGCCCGGGAGUGGGCUGAGAGAGUGAGGUCAACGUCUCAGCUCACUCUUCUUCCUCUUAAACAAUCUGACGCGUUUGAAGGCAGAAUAGCAUUACCGUCAAAGACAAGGGAGACUAAAAUGGCCACUUCUGGCCCGUCGGUCGUCGUCAGUCAGCAAUACCCAACCUCGGGGUGUGGAACAUCUGGGGCUGUGACUCAGUGGUUAGGAGUGUGUGACUUCUAACCAACAGGUCGCGGGAUCGAGCCCCAGGUGUUGCACACCUGGCACAACGGGACGAGUGAAUUCCGUAGCACGAUCGGUGAGCGCUCCUCUACCAUUCUAUCUUGGUGCGCAAAAAGCCGUGGCUUGGAAGGUUGCCAACUGACGGGAUAGCUCGGAUCUUGUGUUUGUGUGGAGUUGCGCGUCCUCUCUCACCUCCGGAUUUCUUGAUUCUGCCUCGACACUGGACCCCGUUGUGGGAUGUGGAGAGAGUGCAGUAGAUGCAGCGCAAGUCCACUAUCACCACGAUUUAAUUCAGGCUUGUGCCUCUAAAGCGGGCCACGCGGUAGAUGCCCUGGACCAACACGGGGCCACGUCGGGGUCCGGCAGACGCUAUUUGGGAUGCGCGCUCAUAGCAAAGGCUAACACGUGGGGAGGGGUGACAACGCGCCCAGGCGCAGACCCUCGCCGUGCCGGUUGGGACCCGAGCUGCCCUUCCUUUGUUCUCGUUGUGUAAAAUCCUGGUCAAUGUACGUUGUAUACCAGGGGGGUGUGGUGGUACGUCUGGGUGCAGGUUUCCGCCGUGUCAGCCAUCGGCGUCCCUUCUUGCCUCUGCCCUUGUCCCGGGUGGAAACGGAGGAGGCAUUGUGGUGGAUGACGCACAAGUGUGCUAUUACUGUAAACUAGCUCACGCGCAAGUCACCAUCUCUGCCCUCAACCUGCUGUUGCCAUCAUCGGGCAUUACGGUCGAACUGUUAGCAAGCGAAAGACGCAGGCCGUUUUUACUUCGAACCACGUCCAUCGACGUGGUGUACAAAUUUAGUCGGUGUGCUCGUUUUGCGAAAUGUGGUCGCUUGUGUUUAUAAAAUAUGCAGAUUUUCUGUAUUCCUCGAUGUCCAUGAGAAGGAAGCGCUACAACUGAAAAAUUUCAGGAUUAUUGUUGAGCGUACUCCCAAGACGUUUAAUUACCGAAUAGCCAGCUACGUGUUUGACAGUCUUCUGCGUCUGGUUUAUUUAACAUCGAUGGGAAAAUAUUCAAACUACGCAUCACAGUGCCAUAAAAGUCAUCUGCAUCGUAAGCUGUGUUCUGAUCUUUUUAGAAUUCUAAAUUAACGCUACCGUGUACGUUUAAGUAGAAGUAUUUGUCGAGUGAACAAAUCUCCACUUGAAGAAUGCCCUGGUAGUAAGACGGGCACUAAAGGUGUGAUCCGGCCAUACAUUGCAGUACGAGUCUAACGGGCCAUUGCUGUCCGACUUCUAUUUCGCUCUUCCAGUCCUAUCACGGGUGACCGUCAGUCUGUAAGCUGAUCUUUUUGCCGAUGUUACCUUCCCUUCUUUUCACUAUCCAACUCCCACCUUUCUCUCCUCUUUUAGAACACCGCAUUGGAUUCUGGGGAUCAUAAGUCGGACAAAAAGGCCAGGGAGAUGAUGCAGAAAAAGGCUCGACGGAUGCCGGGACACAUGGAUGACGAGGAAGAGAGUGAAUCCUCGGACACUGAUAGCGACGCCUCCUACGACCUGGACGAUGGCCGAACCAUAAAACACAUCUCCCGCUCAAAGAAGCACAAGGACUCGCCGGAUGAGGCCGAACAACAGAGUGAGGCUGUGGCCGUCGCGUCAAGUGACGAGGACUCCGACUUUGAUCUGGAGGCGGCUCUGAAUGAGGAGGUGGACGAUGCAUCGGAGCAUUCGGGGGAGGAUGCCGAUCAGCUGACGGACUUUAGGCUCGAAGACUUUGGAGAUGAGAAUGAGGAGGAGGCGGUGAAGACUAAGGGCACAAAAAUGUCGAAAAAGCGGGCCCACAGCAAGUCGUCUCAUGCGGAUCCCGGGAAACCCGGACGGAAACUGCAGCCAAACAGCACUUUUCGGGACGCUGGCGAUCGCGCGGACAGUGGUGAUAGUAAAAGGGGGCUGAAAGUGAAGAAGCCCCAGAAGAAGUUCGCGGGGAAAAUGAAGGGCGAUUCAAAUGCCAGAAAGCUGAAUGGUGAACUAGGAAUGAACCCUAAGAAGCACGCCAGAAAAGUCGACGCAAAACAUCAACCGAAUAAGAAGCAGAAGAUAACUGCCUAA